CACACAUGUAAUCAAUGUGGUAAAGCCUUUUCACAGAACAAUCAUCUUCGAGUACAUCAAAGGACACAUACUGGAGAGAAACCUUAUCAAUGUAAUCAAUGUGAUAAAGCUUUUUCAAAACACUCUAACCGCCAAAUACAUGAAAGAACACAGACUAAAGAGGAAGCCUAUGAGUGUAAUCAAUGUGGUAAAGUCUUUUUACAGAACUGUCAUCUUCGAGUACAUCAAAGGACACAUACUGGAGAGAAACCCUAUACAUGUAAUCAAUGUGGUAAAGCCUUUUUACAGAACUGUCAUCUUCGAGUACAUCAGAGGACACAUACUGGAGAGAAACCCUAUACAUGUAAUCAAUGUGGUAAAGCCUUUUUACAGAACUGUCAUCUUCGACUACAUCAAAGGACACAUACUGGAGAGAAACCCUAUACAUGUAAUCAAUGUGGUAAAGCCUUUUCACGGAACAGUAAUCUUCGAGUACAUCAAAGGACACAUACUGGAGAGAAACCUUAUAAAUGUAAUCAAUGUGAUAAAGCUUUUGCGAGUCAUGGUGAGCUUCACAGACAUAAAAGAAGACAUACUGGAAAGAAGCCCUUUGAAUGUUAUCAGUGUGAUAAAGCUUUCUGGGAGCACUCUAAACUCCGAAUACACAAAACAACACACACUGGAGAGAAACCCUAUGAAUGUAAUCAAUGUGGUAAAGCCUUUUCAUAUAUCAGUAAUCUAAAAACACAUAAAAGAAUCCAUACAGGAGAGAAACCCUAUGAAUGUAAUCAAUGUGAUAAGGCCUUUUCACAACUGGAUAGUCUCCAACUACAUAAAAGAACACAUACUGGAGAGAAACCCUACACAUGUAAUCAAUGUGGUAAAGCCUUUUCAAUUAAGAGUAAUCUUCAAGUACAUCAAAGGACACAUACUGGAGAGAAGCCUCAUCAAUGUAAUCAAUGUGAUAAAGCUUUUGUGAGUCAUGGUGAGCUUCACAGACAUAAAAGAAGACAUACUGGAAAGAAGCCCUUUGAAUGUAAUCAAUGUGAUAAAGCUUUCUGGGAGCACUCUAAACUCCGAAUACACAAAACAACACACACUGGAGAGAAACCCUAUGAAUGUAAUCAAUGUGGUAAAGGCUUUUCAUAUAUCAAUAGUCUCCAAGUUCACAAAAGAACGCAUACUGGAGAAAAACCAUAUGAAUGUGAUCAAUGUGAUAAAGCCUUUUCACAAUUCAUUAAUCUACAAACACAUAAAAGAACACAUACUGGAGAGAAGCCAUAUGAAUGUAAUCAAUGUGAUAAAGCCUUUUCACAUUGCAGUAGUCUAAAAUCACAUAAAAGAACACAUACUGGAGAGAAACCUUAUAAA